ACUACUACUCCCAGCCCUCCUCCWAGCCGCCGGAGCAACCCUCUGGUCUUUAGUUUACAAGAGGCAAUUUGACUUGCUCUGCUGCAUGUCUGGAGGGAUCCAGGAAAGUGUGGAGACGCCCCGGGGAUUCAGGGAUCGCAGCUUGAAAAGAAAAAAAGCCAAACAAAUAAACAAAACCCACCCACCCUAACAAACAUGCGGCUGCUGGAGAGGGUGAGGAAAGAAUGGUUCAUGGUCGGGAUAGUGCUGGCCAUCGCCGGAGCCAAGCUGAAGCCGUCCGUGGGCGUGAACGGGGGACCACUGAAGCCAGAAAUAACCGUAUCCUACAUUGCUGUUGCAACAAUAUUCUUUAACAGCGGACUGUCAUUAAAAACGGAGGAGCUGACCAGUGCUUUGGUACAUAUAAAAUUGCACCUUUUUAUUCAGAUCUUUACACUUGUCUUCUUCCCAGCGGCAAUAUGGCUUUUUCUUCAGCUUUUAUCAAUCACAUCCAUCAAUGAAUGGCUCUUAAAAGGUUUGCAGACAGUAGGUUGCAUGCCUCCCCCUGUGUCUUCUGCAGUGAUUUUAACCAAGGCAGUUGGUGGAAAUGAGGCAGCUGCGAUAUUUAAUUCAGCCUUCGGAAGUUUUUUGGGCAUCGUUAUCACCCCCCUGUUACUGCUGCUGUUUCUUGGCUCGUCCUCUACUGUGCCUUUUACAUCGAUUUUUUCUCAGCUUUUUAUGACUGUUGUGGUUCCUCUCAUUAUUGGACAGAUUGUCCGACGAUACAUCAAGGAUUGGCUUGAAAGAAAGAAGCCUCCUUUUGGUGCCAUCAGCAGCAGUGUGCUCCUCAUGAUCAUCUACACCACAUUCUGUGACACGUUCUCAAACCCACACAUUGACCUGGAUAAGUUCAGCCUUGUUCUCAUACUGUUCAUAAUAGUCUCUAUUCAGCUGAGUUUCAUGCUCUUAACUUUCAUCUUUUCAACAAGGAAUAAUUCAGGUUUCACACCAGCAGACACAGUGGCUAUCAUUUUCUGUUCUACACACAAAUCCCUCACAUUAGGAAUUCCUAUGCUGAAGAUAGUGUUUGCCGGCCAUGAGCAUCUCUCAUUAAUAUCUGUACCCUUGCUCAUCUACCACCCGGCCCAGAUCCUUCUGGGAAGUGUGUUGGUGCCAACAAUAAAGUCCUGGAUGGUGUCAAGGCAGAAGGGAGUGAAGUUGACGAGGCCACCAGUGUAACAGGAGGCGCCUUCGUGCAGCGGUGUAAAUAUGUACAGGAUUGUACAUACAAACAAUUCUGAAGACUUGUACUUGUGAAUGUUGCUUCGAUGCAUAUUUUAUUUUUUUACAGAAAAAUAUGAUACACCUGUUCAAGUGCCUUAAAAUGUGUCCAACGAGAGCGUCAUCUCCAACACAUACUCGUUGGCUGCUGCCAGGGCUGGUGCAGUAUUUGAGUUAGUGUUUUUCCCUAAUCCGAAAGCAGUCAGUAAGGGAUGGAAAGCUAACCGGUUCUCCUGCGCCACCUUUUGUGCAGUACCACUCCGGAAAGUUACUGUAAUGCUGAAAUGAGGUCACACCGUCAGGAAAAUACCCUCUGAUGACAGUGAAAACUUCCAAAGUCUUACUCGCAUGUACUUUGAUUCACUGCGUGAUUCUUUUUUUCUACAACUGUGACAUGUCUCUUCCUUAUCAACUCAGCAGGGGUCAUGGAUCCAAUAGAUGCUGAAACGUAAGAUAGCUCUGCAUUCCUUGACAUCGUGUUUUUUUUAGACAUUCCUUCAAAUAGUUUCCACACAGAAAUUCUUCAGUCCCAUCAGAAGAGAUUGUGGUGUUAUAUCUUAAAUUUAUUAUAAGCUGCUUCAAAGAAAGGGCCUGAUGUUUGAGUUAUGUGUGAAGCACAUGAAGUUUUGAGGUAAACUACAGGAUUUCRAGGGUUUUAAUUAUAUUGUGAUAUGUUUUGCCUCUUUCUUCCAUAAUUUCUUUCUCACCUGUUUCUCUACAACUUGCACACUCCUAACAGCCAAAUGGGAGACACAAAAAUGUUACCAUCCRUUAGACAGCAGCAAAGAGAUUAUAUUCACAUUCCGCAACUAWGCCCAAAAUUCUUUUCCUGUUACACAGAUGUGCUGACCCCUUACCAGAUUGCCCCUUUUUGCUGAGAAGCAGCCUGUUACAUCCUUGGAUUAAGCACAUUUAYGGCAUUUGAGGCCAUUAGUUAGUGAGAAUUUCCUUCUCUGAUCUGACAGAUGUUUGCAACAUUUUUUAAGAAGUUAAUGAUUGCUCAUAUGAAUAAAUGAAAAUAUAAAGGUCAUGGAUGCAAACAAACGUUACAUGUACACACUCUAUCUAGCCAGAUGGAAAGAAAGACACAGGAAAUGCAAGACCAUUCAUUAACCAAAAUAUCAAGUGAAUUAUGCCCAUAAUUUAAUAAUGUAAUCGAGCAUCAGUUUUCAAAGGAAUAUCCAAUAUUUGCUUUUUUUAUGGGUGGAAGAAGUUGAACUGGACCCAAAUAGAGAAUAAAGCAAUAUAUUGAGUUAAGGGACCCUUUUUCUGUGGUUUCUACAUACCAUUUUGUCUCAUUUCUCUACAUGUCCCUUCUGGAUUUGACAAAUGACAUUAGCAUCCUGGGUCUCACUGAGACCAUGCUUAGCCCAGCAGCUGUGGGUAUAACCCAAAACAACAAAAUCAUUCCUUCUAAUCCUUCCCAGUUCCUCAGCAGUGUAAUUGUAUUAUUGUUACCACCAGGUCUCAUCUUUUGUUACUUCUGACUCAUUCAGAGGUCACUGAAGUUUUAAAGUUCUAAAGCUGGUGCCAGACCUGCAACAAUCCAUACUAAAUGCACUGUGGUGUACACUGUUAUCAAGAAUUACUGUCUAAAACACCAGUAAUUUUGCUUGAUAUUAUUGAUGCUUACCUAGGGAGCACAGAAAGGUUUUCCUGUUUUAUUCCUAUAAGCUUCUUGGAGUUUUAGAGUGAAUGGAAAUGUCUUGUCUGUCUUACUGUCUGAGCUAUCAUAAAAAUCUUUCUCCCCUUUUAUUUGAAUACUGAAUUUUUCCUUCAACCUACCUACCUCUAUUGUCUAACACCUAUAGUAGGUGUGAUUAUGGGAUAAAAUUCAACUGAAAAUGUUAUAACAUUUUAUCUUUAAAAAUGUGUUUUGUUUUCAAAUAAUCCUCUUUACAUUGUGAAUUUUGUGACUUUAGUGCUACAUUUAUGAAAAUUUCUGUUUUACACAAAUGCUGUAGCAUAUUUUUCC